AUGCCAUUUGUAAUAGCUUUAUUUUUCGGCAUUUUCUUCUCAUGUGUGAAAGGUCAAAUUACACCAGGAUCUAAUUACUAUUGUAAUGAAAAUAAUGCUGUUGUCGAAUUUAAAUUGUCUUCGUCACCUCAUUCUGCAUGGCAACCAAUAUUAAAUUGUUCUUUACAACAAUGUAAUGUCAGCUUGAAUAACAACGAUAACUGUCGUUCAUCAGUGACACCUUGCUUUGACUACCGCACACUCAAUAAUAGUAGAUAUUGUGCACCUGGAAUUUUGUGUUCAAUUUUGGAACCAUGUAACAAUAUUACCUAUAAUUGUGCAGAAAAUACUUCCGUAUGCAUCAUUAACUCAUGCUGUUCACCACAAGCCGUAUGUUUACCAUUGUCAGUUAUGAAUAUCUGUAAAUUAGGUAAACACACAUUCUACUUAAGUAUGUCUGUAUAUAAGAAUCAAUCAAAGUACUUUAUCCAGAUUCUAGUUGAGACUUCAUUCGGUUUUACUAAGUCAUAAUUCAAUGAGUCUUAUCAUAUAAUGACAACAACAUGAAAAAUAGAUAAAUAUAAUUCUGAGAGAUUAAAUUAAAGAUUAGAAUGGAAUGAAAAUGAGAUGGAUAAUUGAAAUAGAUUGAAAUUUUAGAUAUUAUCAGAAAAUAAGAGAUUAAUAUGAUACUCUACAUAAAUCGACUAGUACGAAAAUCAUUGAUUCUUUUAUAAUUUAAAACUUUGUUUUUCUUUUUUUCAAGAAAGAAUUAUUAAUGAAGUUUUUAGUGAAAGUAAAAUGAGUAACUCAUACGACUUGUUUCUUUUAUGGAAUCAGUUGUAUGUUUGAUUAAAACAAGAUUUGAGAAAACAUUUUUGAGGAUUUUCAUCAUUCAACCUACACACAUCUUUAUAAUUCAAAAUUGUAGAUGAAAUCAGUAUUUUUAACAUGGGCAAAGACAUUGUUUACAUUAGAUGCUUUCAUGUUUCUGACUUGAGAUAAUUUAAUUAGAUACAAUCUUCAUAUAUUUGAGUAAUAAUAACUUGAGAGAUGUUAAAUCAUAUCAUUGAUAAUAUCUUGUUUUCUUCAUCUCAAAAGAAAUAUUUCUAGAUAAUUAUGUCGACUAUCUUCAUGAUAUCCUUGCUGAAUUUGAUUAUGAUCAGAAUUGUUUCAAGAUGACAUUUUCUUGGGUGUGGGUGAAAAGAGCAUCAUCAUCCACACCCACACGUACAUCCACAUCCACUCACACCCACAUCUCGUUUUAAACUGUUAUGAACCUUUAGUUCAUUCAAAUAAGAUUAAUUAAAAAAGACUAUUUAAAGUAAAAUUUCUUUCGCUGAACUUCACUUUCUAUAGGGAUUUUAACAUUAUUUACUGCCAUUAUCGUUUAAGAAUAUUAAAUUACUAUUGUAUUGAAGGUAAUUGAGUUGAUGAUGUCUAUUGUCGAUAUUAAAUUUUGCAAGGUAUGUGAAUCAUUCAAAAAUGAAACUUAAAAGAAAAUAUUUGUCAACUUGAGUGAGUUUGAGAAAUACAUUCAUACCAAUGCUUUAUAUAACCAGCAGUUACCCUGUUUUCUUUCAACUAGAUUCAUGACGUUAUCAAAUUAACUUUAAUAUUUAUAUCAGUUACUAGAUUGAUACUUGAAUCAAUUUUCUUCUUCAUUGGGCAUAUUUCUCGAGCUUUUCUUGCAAUGAUGGUUCAUUUUUAGUAAGCUAUUAUCAAGACACUAACAAAAACAUCUAAUUAUUAUAGUACUUAAGUCGAGAAAUAUGAGCCGAUCUCGGCACGAAGACAUUUCAAAUCAAUGGAACCUAGCGACAGUGUUCCUAACGAGAAAGUCUCCAAUUUUUGAUAGUGACUUUCGUGUAACUUCUUGUUCUUUCCCAUGAGAAACGUCACGAAACUUUUUGAUCAGGAAUACUGUAUCCAAGCUCCAUCGAUGUUCGGUGUUCUCCUGUUGGAUGGAAUGAUUUUUCUGCAUCUUUCCGAUCGGUUUCAGUGAAACAGUCUUUUUUUCGAAGCCUGGAAUGAUUGACACGGAUAGAUAUGAUUAAAUGCACUUCAUUAAAAGAGAAAUAUCAGAGGUAAUAAUAUUGAAGAACUCAGAAAUAGAAAUUCCUCAAUUGUUGAAUAAUUAUUACAGACAUUAAGGUAAUUUAUUGAAGAAUCGAAGAUUAACCAAAGAUUCUCCCAGAGUUCCAUGAUUUCUAAUAGCUUGAUUAAUGCAGUGUCCAAAAUAAUUUUUGCAAUCAUAAAUUCAUUUUUACAAAGAAGUCUUCUGAUCUUGAUGUGAAUCCAACAUAUAUGUUGGAUAAUGCACUUUUUUGAAUUUGGA